GGACGGGUUCGUGGACGCUCAGUGGCGCCGCGUCGCUCCCCGAUUUGACUUUUGUUUUUCGGUUGGUUUCUCUGACUCGGAGGUCUCGUGCGUCGUUAUUUUGGCAAGAGGAAAACUGGUCCAAUUUGGAGAAGUUUUCUGGAGGGGGAUGUGAAAAAGACAGCAUGAACUUUACCCCGACGCACACCCCCAUCUGCAGAAAGCUAACACUUUCUUUUAAACAUAGUGUUGGCUCCAGUGUCAGUGGUCCCACGAAGAGAAGGGGAAUGGCAGACUCCCUGGAGUCAACUCCUUUGCCUUCUGUCGAAGAUCGUCUGGCUGUCCUCUGCCCUUCUCGGGAGCUUCUGGAAUAUUAUCAAAGGAAGAUGGCUGAGUGUGAGGCAGAAAAUGAAGACCUGUUGAAGAAACUGGAACUCUACAAAGAAGCUUGUGAAGGACAGCAUAAACUUGAAUGGGAUUUGCAGCAGAGGGAGGAAGAGAUUGCUGAAUUGCAGAAAGCUCUAAGUGAUAUGCAGGUCUGCCUCUUCCAGGAACGGGAACAUGUUUUACGUCUCUACUCAGAAAAUGAUCGACUGAGAAUCAGGUACCAAGUAGGAGAAGGGAAAUUUUUCCGUUUGUUGAAAAGACUUAGCGAGCCGUGCUCGCAGGAAGAAGAGUUGAGUAAAGUCUUCUCUGAAUUUUUGUUUUCUAUGUUAGAUCCUAAAGUAAGCAAAAGAAGACCAGCAAUGAGAGAGAGGGAAGAAAAUUCUGAUCAUUACCAGAGAGACAUACAGACGCUCAUCCUACAGGUGGAGGCGCUGCAGGCCCAGCUGGGGGAGCAGACCAAGCUUUCCAGGGAGCAAGUGGAAGCACUCAUGGAGGAGAGGCGGAUCCGCACUGAGGAAAUCCAAGUCCAGCAACAGAGAAACCAGGACAGAAUCCAAGAGCUCACCAGAAAGCCUUCGCAUUCCCGUGAUGACCAGCGUGCCUCUGCGAUGACACGUGUCACCACAUUUCGUGAUGUUGUCUUCGUUCCCAGGGUCUUGCCGGAUAGCCUCUGCCCUGCCCUCUGCAUAUCUCUAAAGGACAAGUUAGUACAAGAGAAAAAGCUGUCCCACAUGUACCAAGAGCAGUGCAUUUCCUUGGAAGAAGAACUUGCCCGGAUUCGUGAGGAAGAGGGCAUGAGGAGAGAGAUCUUCAAGGACCGCACUACCAAGAUGGGGAAGCGCUUACAGAUCAUGACAAAACGCUACGAGGCCUUGGAACGCCGACGAGUCUUGGAAGUUGAAGGCUUUAAGACAGACAUUAAAGUUCUCCGGCAGAAGCUGAAAGACUUGGAACAGAUGCUCUAUAAGGCAACAGUGAAUGCCCGGGCAAACCAAGAUCUUGCUAUUCUGUGUGAGGUCCGUGACAGCAAUAGACGGGCACAUAAGAUCCAAGGAGAACUGAAGACCCUUAAGUCCAAGGUGUUUGGUCUGGAGAAUGAACUUAGACUCUGUUGAUGUCUACUUUUGGAAAUGGCCCCCAAUUUGGAAGAGUUCACUUCCUGAACCCUGAGAAAAAGGUCUUCUGCUCCCAGAAAGUGGAGCUCCAAGUUGAUCAGAGUAGUGGUAUCUAUUAUUAUAAAGACAGGGUGAAGAAUCCGAGACCACUGAGAAAGCUUUACUUGCAGGCUAAGCUUGCUUCAUAAUUUUUGACAUCCUAUUAACUUUUGAGGGGGCCUCGGCCUCAAUCACUUGGAGGUCAUAUCAUUAUUUCUCCCAUCCCAUAUAGACAGGUUUUUGUUUUCUUAAGACAGAGAUGAUGAAAACGUAGGAGAAAGUAUUCUGCUGUGAGCUUGGCCGAGUAUCAAGGGGAAGAGCCCCCCAGAGGUCGCCUUUCUCCUGAGGUGGGUGGGGGCAGCAUUUCACAGUCUGUCAAAUGCGAAGAGACACCGAUUCCGCUGUUAGGAGCGGAUCCGCCAUUACCUUUUUGGACCAUCUCAUGAAGUUUCACUAGAGGGCACUGGAAACCCUACUCUUGAGCAAAGUGUUCCUCGGGAAACAUCAAGGCGCCUCUUUGACGAGAGUGAGUGAAACUGAAAUGGCUCUUGUAUGAAAAGUUUGAUGUUUUAUUAGUAAUAUUAAAUAAUGUAUAUUUUUAAAAUUAACUCUUUUCAGUAAAAUAUGUGAUUGAAAA